AUGCGCAAGGGCAUCCUCACGGGGGCCGCGGCCGGCGUCGAGGAGGUGGACAUCCAGGGGCUCGGCAUGCAGGAGCGCAAGAACCUCAUCGAGCGCCUCGUGCGCACCGCCGAGGAGGACAACGAGCGCUUCCUGCUCAAGCUCCGCGACCGCAUGGAGCGGGUUGGGAUCGAUAAUCCGACGGUAGAGGUGCGUUUUGAGAACCUGAACAUCGACGCCGAGGCCUACGUCGGCAACCGAGGUGUCCCCGCGAUGACCAACUUCUUCUCCAACAAAGUCAUGGAUGUACUAAGUGCUAUGCACAUCGUCUCUAGCGGGAAGAGGCAUGUCUCCAUCCUUCACGAUAUCAGUGGGGUCAUAAGACCCGGCAGAAUGUCCUUGCUGCUUGGACCUCCUGGAUCCAGGAAAACAAGUCUACUUCUGGCUUUGGCAGGGAAACUUGACUCCAAUCUGAAGGUCUCAGGAAGAGUGACUUACAAUGGUCAUGACAUGGAUGAAUUUGUCCCUCAGAGGACAUCGGCAUACAUUGGGCAGCACGAUGUUCACGUCGGCGAAAUGACAGUCCGGGAAACACUUGCCUUCUUUGCAAGAUGUCAAGGAGUCAGAACGCGUUAUGACAUGCUUACUGAGCUUUCAAGAAGGGAGAAAGAAGCCAACAUUAAACCAGAUCCUGAUGUCGAUGUUUACAUGAAGGCUAUCUCCGUGGAAGGUCAGGAGAGCGUGGUUACAGAUUACAUCCUCAAGAUUCUGGGUCUGGAGAUCUGUGCGGAUACAAUGGUUGGAGACUCUAUGAUCAGAGGUAUCUCAGGAGGACAAAAGAAGCAUGUCACAACCGGCGAGAUGCUUGUUGGUCCAGCUAAGGCGCUAUUCUAUUCUAUUACUACUAUCGAUGGUCACCAACGCCUCACGCACGAGGGAGAAGACCGGAUCCGCAGCACGAUGGCGAUGGGUGACAGGUUGUGUGCCAUGGAUCUGUACGAGAUCCUCCUCCUCGUGACACGGCUGGCUCACAGGGCGAUGACGUCCUCAAUCUAUCGCGUAGCCAGUUGA